AUGUCAUUCCUUGUAGGAAAGUCCCUGGCGUGGGCCAUCACGGCCACUGCUGGCAGCGGCUUUUUGCUCUUUGGAUACGAUCAAGGUGUUAUGUCCGGCUUGCUGACAGGAGAUGCUUUCACUGCGACAUUUCCUGAGAUCAAUACUACCAGUACUGGUCAUGGAAGCUCCUCUCUACAGGGCACAGUUGUUGCUAUCUAUGAAAUAGGAUGCUUUUUGGGUGCCAUCAUCUCGUUGAUUGUUGGUGAAAGACUUGGUCGUCGCAAGUGCAUCAUGGCUGGGUGUGUCAUUCUGGCAAUUGGUGCGGCCCUGCAAUGUAGUGCCUAUAGCAUCCCCCAUCUCAUCGUUGGGCGAAUCGUUGCUGGCAUUGGGAAUGGUCUCAACACUAGCACAAUUCCUGUUUGGCAUUCGGAGCUGAGCAAAGCAGCAAGCCGAGGCAAAGGAUUGGCGAUAGAACUGGCUAUCAAUAUCUUCGGUGUUAUGCUUUCAUACUGGGUUGACUACGGCUUUUCAUACAACAAGAGCGAAGCUCAAUUCCGAUUCCCUAUCGCCCUUCAAAUACUUUUCGCUAUUUUGACCUUCAUCGGCGUUAUCUUCCUACCAGAAUCUCCUCGAUGGCUCAUUAAACACGGAAAGGAAGACGAGGCCCGCCAUAUCAUCUGGAGAUUGCAGGACAAUGCAAAGGAAAUCGAUGAGCAUGACGCCGUCGUUGGUGUAGAUGUGGCCGAAAUCUCUCAGGCGAUUAGACAAGAGCGAGAGGCCUCUGCUGAAGGGUCAUUUAAGCUCAUCUUCCAGAACGGUCCACAGCGAUUUUUGACCCGCACUCUUCUGGGAAUGGGUGGACAAAUGAUGCAGCAAAUGUCGGGAAUUAAUCUCAUAACUUAUUACGCAACCGUGAUCUUCGAAAAUUCCGUGGGAAUGGACCAUAACACCGCUCUCUUGUUGGCAGGAUUCAAUGGAGUCGCUUACUUCUUCUCAUCGAUGGUUCCAAUUUGGGUGAUUGAUCGCCUGGGUCGCCGCAAGUUGAUGCUGUUUGCUGUCAUUGGACAGGGUUGUUGCAUGGCUGUUCUAGCAGGAACUGUCUGGGACGGCGGUCACGCUGCUGGUUUAGUUGCAACCGUCAUGCUCUUCUUGUUCAACUUCUUCUUUGGAGUUGGUCUUCUUGCAAUUCCUUGGCUUCUGCCUGCAGAAUACGCGCCCCUUGCUAUCCGUACUCGGGCAGCCGCUUUGGCCACUGCUACCAACUGGAUCUUUACUUUCUUGGUCGUGGAGAUUACACCUGUCAGUAUUUCAAAUAUCGGUUACCGAACCUAUAUCUACUUUGCCGUAUUCAAUUUCUGCUUCAUCCCUCUCAUUUACUUUUUCUACCCGGAGGCGCGCAACCUCACUCUGGAACAGAUCGAUCAUCUAUUUACUGGGGAAAAGGUUAAGCUUCAUUGGCAUUCAUCUAUGGGUAUGGCCGGAGAUGUUGACACCCGGCUUGCACAUGGGAAGGAUCUUGAGAGUGUGAAUGCUCAGCAUGUUGAAUAA